UUGCCCUCCCGCCUCUUUAAACUGUUCUCCCACCCUCUCCCCCCCCCCUUGUCCUUUGUCUUCCUUCUCCUCAAUGGGCUCCUCGGAUCGAUCCAAGAAGAGAACCCACCUAUGGAAGAAGGCGCUCCUCCACUUCGCCUUGUGCUUCGUGACCGGCUUCUUCACCGGCUUCGCCCCGACCAGCACCGCCUCCCUCUUCUCCCGCCACGACGCCUCCAUUCGGCCUGCGACCGCUGACUCCUUCAACCGGAGCCUGAUGGCCGAGAUACCCGCCGAGACGCCUGCCGCGAGCGAGCGGCUCGGACCUGCGACCGCUCACUCCUCUGUCAACCGGAGCCUGAUGGUCGAGACACCCGCCGAGACGCCGGCCGCGAGCGAGCGGCUCGAGCGAGGGUCCGAGAGGCAGCUGAUCGUGGUCACCACGACCCAGUCCGGCGACCGCCUGCAGGGGCCGCUCCUGAGGAGGCUGGCCGACACGUUGAAGCUGGUGCCGCCACCGCUGCUCUGGGUCGUCGUCCAGGCCCGCGCCGCCGCGCCCGAGACCGCCGAGGUGCUGAGGAGGACCGGCGUCGUGUACAGGCACUUGACCUUCGACGCGAACUUCACCGACCCGGCGGCGGAGGCCGACCACCAGAGGAACGUGGCCCUGAACCACAUUGAGUAUCACCGGCUCACCGGGAUCGUCCACUUCGCAGGCGCCUCCAACGUCUACGAUCUCCGGUUCUUCCAGGAGAUGAGACAGAUCGAGGGAUUUGGGGCAUGGCCAGUGGCGCUGGUAUCAGCAAACAGGAAGAGAGUGGUGGUGGAGGGGCCGAUCUGCAACUCCUCCAAGGUCGUGGGGUGGCUCUUCAGGGACUUGGCUAGUGACAAGAUUGGUCUCGGUAGUCUCCUGACUGAUGCUGACAUGAAAGCGAAGCCUCCAAGGAUCAACAUCUCAGGCUUUGCCUUCAACAGCUCCAUACUGUGGGAUCCUGAGAGAUGGGGCCGAGCCACCUCUGUGCCGGACACAUCCCAGGACUCGAUCAAAUUCGUCCGAGAGGUGCUACUAGAAGAUGAGACCAAGUUGAAGGGCAUUCCUGCUGAUUGCUCCAAGAUCAUGCUGUGGCAUCUCUACAUUCCAAGAGCCACCAAUCUGCCCUCCCACCACCAAAUCCAGAAUGCAAGCAGAUGAGGAGAAGAAAGAUAAGUCAUGUAAAUGGAGAGAGAGAUUCAUUGUUACUUUUGCCAAUUUUGGAGGAGGAAAUUAGCCAUCUUCCAAACUACUA